GCACGCUGUGUGAGUGGCUGAUUCCCACCACCGGAGCACAAGCACUGCAAAGUGGACUUCCAGAGAUACACUUGCCUAAGAGCCAUGAAGGUCCUUGUGGUGCUCGUCUUUGCCUUUUUCACUGGUUGUAAUGCCGAACUCUAUGCUCAUAAACCAAAAUCAAAGCUGGAUUUAAUGAAUGAAGCAUUCUGGGACUAUGUUUCCCAAACCAUCUUGACAUCAUGGGUAGCAUUCAGUGACUUCAGGCAGACUGAGUUUGGUGUGGUUGUGAGUGAUUAUCUCAGAGAGGGUGCAGAAGUUGCUGAUAUAUAUGCUACAAGAGUCUGGGAGCAGGUUCCAUCACAUACCAAGGACAACAUUGACAGUCUUCUUACCGAGUUGGCAAACCAUGUGGAGGAAAAAGGGAUAGCUGUCAAGGAAAAACUACUUGAGCCUUUAGUCGAGGAGGCGGCACCUGUGGCAGACAAGGUUGCAAGCAGGCUGCUUCAAUGCGCUGAAGAGUUGAGCGAUAUGGCCUCCCCCCACAUUGAAAACCUGAGGGAAAACCUGGAGCCCUUGGCCCAAGGCGUCCAAAGAAAACUCACAGACCUGUACAAUCGCCUUUCAAAAGCAGCUAAAUCAACCACAACCUGAUAUGGAACAGAGAGAUAGUGCCUCAGCAAAGCUGGAGGGCUUGUCUGUAACCAAACACUGUGUUUUUUCAAUAUAACGAAAAUAAAUGAAAAGCAAAAUGAACAUGAA